AUGGAUUGGCCAACAACGGCGGAAGCUCGGCAUCCGUAUCCUGCCGUCUUCUUUCCACAGCAGGAACAACAUCAUCACGACCAUCAAGAUCCAUUGCAGCCUCAUCCAUUGCAUCCAUGGCGACAACCAGCGUACGGUCCCUUGGAUCCUCAUCCAAUGGACGAUGAUGAUGAUCCUUUCAAUGCCCAACCGCUCGAUAUUGAGCCGGUCGAGCUAGACCCGCCACGACGUCACGACAGUGACGAAGAAGAACAGCCACGAGGACAAAAGCGAAAGACUCUUGCUGAUCCAGAAAGCAGCAACUCGCAACUGCCAAAGCGCCAAACACUUGAAGAAGAUCCUCCUCCUCCUAAGGUCAAUUUGGGCCAGUGCAAAUACACUCCCACCAACAAUUUACGGACAUGUGCCAAGGGGGGCAAAUCCACAUUUGGCUCGAAGGAAAACCCGCGCAGCACCAGCUAUGGUUUCAUUGAUGGACGAAGCAAUGCCCAAGCGUGUUUUGAACAAAAAGUACAGGCGCUCAAACAAUACAAAGAUCAAUAUGGACAUCUCAACUUGCCGCAGUAUACGGACGAUCCCAAACAUCCCCACCGUCGUCUCUAUGCAUUCCUGUUUAAUCAACGCAAAUUCUACCGACUCUUCCAAAAGGGCGUCAAAGUGCCAUUGACACAAGAACGCAUUGACUUGCUCCACAAUACACUCGGAGCGGACCAUUGGCUGGCACCCAAAGAAGGAGAAGAAGCAUGGCCCGAACGAAUCCAACAACUCCACGAGUUCCACAAGAAGUAUGGACAUACAUGUGUCAAAGCUGUGGAUGCGAAUCAUCCCCUCAUCAAUUUUGUAGCUUCCAUCCGCAAGGCAUACAAACACUAUGAAGAAAAGAAGGAGUACGAACGAAAGAAAGCGGCUGGUGAAUUGGACAGUGAUGACGACGGACCCUUUGUCGGCACGUACCAACCCAGAACCAAAAAGAAGGCAAUGGUGGGACGAAUGGCACCACCCGUCCAUACUAACAAGGCAGCAUUAUUUGGUGGUGGUAGUAGUACAGAGCAAAACAAUGUCGACGCAGCCAAUGACACUCAGCAACAAUCGAGAGGAGAAAAGGAAAUUGCUGCUGUUUCGGAAAACGAAGGAGCAACGACAGAACCAGCCACAGAAGGUGAAACUGAAAAGGAACCGGCCAAGAAGAUCUAUAUGGUCAAGCCAACUGGACAUGGGCCAAAGAGCUCGGGUGUCAGCAAAAUCCCCGUCUUUUAUACACCCGAUAAACAUGCAGUCCUAGAGGCCCUGGAAUGUCCCUUUAUGGACUUUUUUUGUGACCAUCCGGAUUCCAAGCUGAAGAAAGUCAAGAUGGCGGACUCUCGUUGGUACCAAUCGGCAGAACAACUUCGUGCAGUACGCCAGAAGGAACCCGACAAUCAAUUCUUGACGUAUGUCACCAAUUAUCGUCAGCUCUCUCGUUUGGAGGCGUGGGUAUUUCGCAAUCGAGAAGCCUACGAACACCUCCUUAAAAUGAAACCACACAUUUUGGAUAGAGCCAAAGAACUCCCCGACGAUGCUCCUCGCUCGCACAAGCUCUUGCGCAAGCUCUUUGUGCAAUUGCUCCAGGUGGAUAUGGGACUUGAAAUGGACCCCGCAAUCUGCAAAAGGAUACUGGAUGAGCAAAAGAGGGCUCAUGAAGACAAGUUGCGCAAAGAGAGAGAGGAAGAAGCCCGCAAACAGUCACCCGAGUACAAGUUAGAGCUGGCAAAGGAAAAAGAAAACGCGGCCAAGGAGAAGUUGAGAGCAGCGGAAGAAACGCUCAAGGAAGCCCAGAGAGUAGUGGAUGAGGCAAGGGAGGAGGCCGAUGCUGCCGAGUCGGAGCGCUUGAGAAUCCAAGGUAUGAUUACCGAAUCUCCACUUGGCAAAGACGCAAUAGUUCGUCCCCGGGGUGGAAAACGUGAAAGUGGACGCGCCAAAAUCCUGCGAAUGACGCAGCAGAAUGUCCGAGGAGUGGGUGCAAUGACAUUCUAUUCCAUCAAGUUCGUUGAGAGCGGCAAUGUCGAACAUUUUGUCGACGGCGCUUUCAUAGAACGACUUGACCAGAAAAGGCCUGCUCCAAAACCUGCCCCAGUGACUGCGACAGCAAAAGCUCACGGUGCGCAAGUCCCUCCUCCCCUUCCCCCAAAGCACAAGGAAGCCUCUCCAGCCACGAACAAAGCCGAGGUGUCACCGCACACUGCACUUUUGGUAGCAGCUGCUCAAAAAAGAGCACCCUUGAAUGCAAGACUUAGUGCAGGAUCAUCCAUGGCGAAGGGCAAAGCUGAAAAGGGCAAGUCGAUUUCUUCUCCAUCACAAUCUAGACCCAAACGGAAGACCCCGCCUCAAGAAAACACCAAGGAGAACCACGCUGAGGUGCCUGUAGAGGUUCUCUUGAUUCGCAACAAGAAAGAGAAAAGCUGGGGAAUGACUCUGGGGCGGAGUCAAUCUGGACGGGCUCGUAUUGAAGGCUUCACUGAGGGACCAGCAUCCCGGCAUGACAAUAUCCUGGCAGAGGAUGAGAUUGUCAAAGUCAACAGCAAGGAUGCGCACACAUUUCGUGAGGUUGUGGAAGAGAUCCAGGCAUGCCGACGGCUCAGUCUCAAGCUCAAUAUCAUGCGCAAGGAAAGACCUCUCCCUUCUCCACCAGAUACAAUGACAACUCGUGGGCGAGCAAAGAGGAUGGUGGCUGAAAAGCUUUUGCAGUUGCGCCGCUAG